AUGGAGCAACAACAGCAACAACUCAAGCACGAAAUGGACGCACUUCGCAAAACGUUUCGUGAUGCCAUACGUGAAAAAGACGAUCACAUCGCUGAACUCGAACAGCAACAACUAUCCAUGACUCAAUCCGGCAGCACUAUAUCGGAUGCUGAUGUGAAUGCGAUGAGCCAGGAACUGCGUGAGCUUCAGGAAGAGAACGACUUUCUACGCCAAGAGUUUGACAAGCUAAAGACUCGCUACGAAGCACUCACAACAAAACCCCCCGCCACUGUCAGCAGGAAGAAAAGCAGAUCCAAAGACAAGUGA